UUGGAAAGUAUAUGGAUCCAAAGUUCAAGUCCACUAAGUAUGUAGAUCCGAAUGCGGAGACACAACCGCCAGAAGAUAUUGACACUCAGGAGCCAAGCGGUUACGAAUACGAAGUUUUCGGUCAACAGAUUGAGGGAGAUUCCGAAGAAGAAUAUAUCACACUAAGCUCUCAAACAUAUGUAGAUUCUGAUGCAGAAACGCAACUGCUAAAAGACACUGAGACUGUAGAAUCGGCCAAGGACACCGUGACUCGAGAAACAAGCUCUUACGAGGUUUGCGGCCAAAAGCUUGAAGACUAUACAGAAGAAGAAUUCAUUGAGCUAAGCUCUUCACCUGCAGAGGGUCCUUUUGUUGCAGCGGAAGAUAUAACUUCAAGUCCAAGUGAAACCCCAUAUGAUCUGACUUUUACAGCCAAAGAUACUGCUGCUGGUACAAGCGCCACACCAUUCAGUCUGACUUUAACUCAACUCACAGAAUUUACACCUUUGGAGACUCCAGGUGUAACACAGUUGUCACUGUCAAUACCAGAAAUCACAACACAAGAUCUUGGACUGAAGCAUGAGCUAACCUUCACAUCACAAGAGACACAGGAAAUUGAGAUUUUUUUGGGAUUUACUUGAAUAUUUGUGGCCUACUGAAAACACGUUGUCUGAUACACUAUAUUUGUGACCGGAAUACGACCAAGGAAUAACAGAAAAGGCUUAGGUAUAUAGACUUUUAGUGCUCUCUUAUACUAUAUAUACUACUGGAGUCAAGUAUGAUUGUUUUUGUGUCAGAUUUUUAAAUAAAUGUCAUAGUUUUGGUAUCAGGUUGUUUUUCGGGCUAAAUUUUUGAAAAAUGGCUUUAUAAGCCUUAAAACGCCCAUUUUUGCAUGUAUAAUUUUUUUCUAAGUAUUGUGGUAACUCUUUUUUUUCACUUCCAUGUUGUUCUGGGGUACAAACUCUUAUGAAAAAAUGACAUUUUAAGUGUAAAAGUCUGGUUUAUAA